GUGGUCCCCGAAAGUUUCUAUAAUAUGGCAAAGCCUCAGUAUAAAGUGGCCGACAUCGCGUUGGCGGAGUUUGGGCGCAAGGAGAUUAUUUUGGCCGAAAACGAAAUGCCGGGCCUGAUGGCAUGCCGGCAAAAGUACGGCCCAUCCAAGGUGCUGAAGGGGGCCCGCAUCGCCGGUUGCCUUCACAUGACGAUCCAGACGGCAGUCCUGAUCGAAACGCUUCUGGAGCUGGGUGCCGAGGUGCAGUGGAGUAGUUGCAACAUUUUCAGCACCCAGGAUCACGCGGCCGCCGCCAUGGCCAAAGCGGGCGUCCCGGUGUACGCGUGGAAGGGCGAAACGGAUGAGGAGUAUAUGUGGUGCAUCCGGCAGACUCUCGUCUUUCCGGACGGCAAACCGCUGAACAUGAUCCUGGACGAUGGCGGCGAUCUGACGAAUCUGGUGCACACCGAGCAUGCCGAUCUGCUGAAGGACAUCCGCGGGCUGAGCGAAGAAACGACAACCGGCGUCCACAACCUGUACAAAAUGUUCCGCGAGGGCCGUCUCGGCAUGCCGGCGAUCAACGUGAACGAUUCCGUGACGAAGAGUAAGUUCGACAAUCUGUACGGCUGCCGGGAGUCGCUUCUGGACGGCAUCAAGCGGGCGACGGAUGUGAUGAUCGCCGGUAAGGUGUGCGUCGUGGCCGGGUACGGCGACGUGGGCAAGGGCUGCGCUCAGGCCCUGCGUGGCUCGGGUGGACGCGUGCUGGUGACGGAAAUCGAUCCGAUCAACGCGCUCCAGGCGGCGAUGGAAGGCUACGAGGUGACGACGAUGGAAGACGCAAGCAAAGAGGCGCAGAUCUUCGUCACGACGACCGGCUGCACCGACAUCAUAAUGGGCGAGCACUUUCUCAACAUGAAGGACGACUCGAUCGUGUGCAACAUUGGCCAUUUUGAUUGCGAAGUGAACGUGUCUUGGUUGGAGCAGAAUGCGAAGGAAAAGGUCAACAUCAAGCCUCAGGUCGAUCGCUAUCGUCUUGCGAACGGCAACCACAUCAUUCUGUUGGCCGAGGGACGGCUGGUGAACCUGGGUUGCGCCAUGGGACACUCAAGCUUCGUCAUGUCCAACUCGUUCACGAACCAAGUGCUGGCCCAAAUCGAACUGUGGACGAAUCGUGAAAAGUACGCCGUGGGUGUGCACGUCCUGCCAAAAAAGCUGGACGAAGAAGUGGCCGCCCUUCAUCUGGAUAAGCUUGGCGUAAAGCUCACCAAACUCACUGGCCGGCAGGCGGAGUACCUGAACCUGCCGGUGGAAGGACCGUACAAACCGGACCACUAUCGCUACUAAAACUCAAGAAGUGCCACAAGAAGAAGCAAAUAAAGCAAAGCUAUUGCCAGAAUCUUAGUUGG